AUAUUCUAAAAAAAAAAAAAAAAAUAUGAGCUCAACUUUAUUUACAUUAUUUGGCAUGAACGUGGUGAGUGAUUCACCCGCACAUUGUAAUAAAAAAAAUGAUCAUCCACCUACGAUCGAAGAAUACAUUGAUUUUUUAAAGAAUCAAGUCCAUUCCCCUCGUGCUGUUACACCUCGAUUAGUCCCUGAUAGUGAAAUAAAGAUUCAAUGUCAAGUAAGGGCUCGUAUUCCUACUACUGAAGGUGGAGAAAUGUUUGUUUACUUGUACAAAAAUAAUCAAGACUCUAAGGAGCAUUUAGCUAUUGUUUAUGGCGAUGACAUUCGUUCGCAAUCGCUUGAUAAAACUUGGGAAAACGAGACAAUCAUGAAUCGUAUUGUGCGUGGUGCAUAUUAUGGACGCCUCGAGGAAGUUGUAACAGAGGAAUGUCGUGAAUUAAAAUUAACAGAGAAUCAAGAAGCUUAUUUGGAAAGUCAGCAGGCAAAAGCUAAAAAGGCUUGGAAGCAGCAAUCUGAACCACCUAUGGUACGUAUUCAUUCAGAGUGCUUUACAGGUGAAACAGUCCACUCUGCACGUUGUGAUUGUGGUGAGCAGUUGGAUAGUGCUAUGGCUCAAAUGCAAGAGGCUGGUAGAGGUGUUAUAGUUUACUUAAGGCAAGAAGGCAGAGGUAUUGGAUUAAUGGAAAAACUAAAAGCCUAUAAUUUGCAAGAUUUAGGUCAUGAUACAGUAGCUGCUAAUGUAUUAUUAAAACAUCCAGCGGAUGCUAGAACAUAUGGUAUAGCGAAUGCAAUUUUGAAAGAUCUUCGACUGAAAGAGAUACAUUUGUUAACUAAUAAUCCGGAUAAAAUUAAACAAUUGGAAUCAUUUGGGUCCAUUAAGGUCGUGAAACGUAAAUCGAUGAUACCCCGUUCAUGGUUUUUCAUGACAGAUCUGGUCGGUAAUGGGGGCAGUAACACUAAUAGUGCAAUGCCUUCACCUUCUAUUAUUAAAAAGGAAAUUUUGGAUCAUCACAGUCUAGAAGGUUCACCUGUGUUAUCUUCAGGAGCAUCAACACCAAGAAAUGAAAUGGAUAAAUAUUUAGCGGUGAAAGUAAAAAAAAUGGGUCAUAUUCUAGAUUUACCAGAUGAUUUGGCCUAAUACUACUGUUUAGAAUGUUCAUAUAUUAAGCAAUGAAAAAAAAAAUAAUAAUAAACAAGUUGAUAUAUAGCGCUAGA